UCGAAGCAAGUAAACAAAGCUCGUAAAAAUGUAUCCGGUGAGUUCGCAAAAGAAAUUCUGGACUUUUAAAACGGAACAGGAGCUUCGUGACUUGCGAGCUAAGCACAAUGAUGCUUUUGUCGCACGUCACGGCGCAAAUAUAACCAUCCCAGUUGAAGAUUAUUUCCUUACCAAAGACGAGGAACGGUUAAUUUUGCGACAAUAUGAAUUGCAGCUCAAGGAAUUCUGCAAAAGAUUCGAACCGCCGAUGCCUAAAUGUGUUGUCGGGACGGCAUUUCAUUAUUUCAAGCGAUUUUACGUUUAUAACUCGCCCAUGGACUACCAUCCGAAGGAAAUUCUCGCAACUUGCGUGUAUUUGUCGUGCAAAGUUGAGGAAUUUAAUGUCUCGAUCGGGCAAUUUGUCGCCAAUAUCAAAGGCGAUCGCAAUAAAGCGAUGGAUAUUAUUCUCUCGAACGAGUUGUUGCUGAUGAAAGAGCUAAAUUACUACUUGACGGUCCAUAAUCCGUAUCGCCCCGUUGAGGGAUUCCUCAUUGACAUCAAAGCGCGAUGCUCGUUGAAUAAUCCCGACAGAUUGCGACAAGGCAUCGACGAUUUUUUGGAAAAAACUUUUUUUACGGAUGCUUGUUUGUUGUAUGCGCCGUCUCAAAUUGCCCUCGCGGCGGUUUUGCAUGCCGCCAGUAAGGAGCAGGAGAAUUUGGAUAGUUAUGUGACGGAAUCGCUUUUUGCGUCGGCGAAGGAUAAGUUGGGAAUGCUCAUUGAAUCUGUUAGAAAGAUUCGGUCGAUGGUUAAGACAAUAGAACUGCCACAAAAGGAAAGAAUAAAGUUUUUGGAGAAGAAAUUGGAAAAGUGUCGGAAUGAGCAAUACAAUCCCGAUAGCGCUGUUUAUCGCCAACGGAUGAAAAAGAUGUACGAUGAUGAUGAUUAUGAAGGAAUUUCAACGGAAGAUGCGAUUCGUGAUUGAUUUGUUUGUUAAUUAAAGAUAUUUUUUU